UGCUGUGUGUGUGAAAGAGAGAGAGAGAGAGAGAGAGAGAGAGAGAGAGAGAAAACAUAGAGGGAGAGAAAGAGGGUACCAUUUACAACGACCUUUCCAAAUCUAAUGGCAUGUGAGCGCAUUUGUGCGCUUUGAAGCAGAUGAUACCCGAGCACACACAGAACAGGUCUGCGCGUAAGGUUAGCGCUGCGAUGCUUCUAAAUAGUUUGAAACAGUGCCGUGUUAACUGCGAUGAAUAAAAUCAAGGCAACUGAAAAGUUUAGUUUAGUAAUAAGGUAGUCAUCAGCCCUGCCUUACAACAGGAGGAAUCUGCUGCUGCGGCGAUCAUGUUCUGACUCUGUCUGGUGCAGAACAGACGGAGCGGAAUGAAGUCGGUGAUAUGGAGCGCCAGACGGCGGCCGUUCCAGCGCUUCUGCUGCUGUGCAUUCGGGUUUCUCGUGGUUGUGUGGGUCGCACAGGUCCUGCAACUGACAGAGUUGGAGUCUUCGUGGCCAGAAACUGACUUUCCCAGACGCAGGGUCCUACAGUAUGGAAUUGAUAAUCAAACAAUUGACACUCCCAGAGCAGCAAUUCAUGAGUUCCCUGAGGACAUCUUCACCAAAGAACAGCUGAAGAGAGGUGCCAUACUACUACACGUGCUAUGUGCCAUCUAUAUGUUCUACGCACUUGCUAUUGUUUGCGAUGACUUUUUUGUCCCCUCCCUGGAGAAGAUCUCAGAGAAUCUACAGUUGAGUGAAGACGUGGCUGGAGCUACUUUUAUGGCUGCAGGAAGUUCAGCUCCUGAAUUAUUUACUUCUUUAAUCGGUGUAUUUAUCACAGAGGGGGACGUCGGAGUAGGAACCAUUGUAGGGUCAGCUGUCUUUAACAUACUGGUCAUCAUUGGAGUGUGUGGCAUCUUUGCCCGUCAGACGGUGACCCUUACCUGGUGGUCUAUGUUCAGAGACUCGCUCUACUACAUCUUCUCAGUGUUGGCCUUGAUUUUGGUUAUCUAUGACGAACAAGUUGUAUGGUGGGAAUCCAUGCUUCUGAUCUCCAUGUAUGGAGUCUAUAUCCUUAUCAUGAAGUUUAACAGUCAGAUUGCCAGCUUUGUCCAAAGAUCAUGUGGCAGUCCAGCCCAGUGUUGUGUCAGGAGAGAAAUGUCCACAGAAAAAGAGGGUGAUGAAGUCAAUUGCAACACCUCCAUGGUGCUGUUGAGGAAAGCUCCAGCAGGCUCAGGGCAGGAGUCCCCAGUAGUGAUGGUGGAUGAGCUGCUGAUCUUGAGGCCACACCAGCUCUCAUUCCCAGAGGCUGGGCUUCGUGUCAUGAUCACGCCACAUUUCUCCCCACGUACUCGUCUGACUAUGGCUGGACGCAUGCUCAUCAGUGAGAGACAGCGACUGCUCAGGGAGAGCAGGACCCCAGUGAAGACAUUCAGUUCUAGAGGAAUAGUAAAUGGAGGAAGUGUUGAAGCACAGCCACUUGAGGAUGCAGAAAUGAUGGAUGGUAAGAAAGGAGUCAAGGUGGAGGUGGAAAAUAAUCAGCCUGAAGAAGAGGAUGAGGAUGGGGAUGAAAGGUUCAAACCUCUCCAUAUUCCUGCUGGUUACUGUGCGCGUAUGAAGUGGUUUGUAUCGUGGCCGCUGGGUGUUUUGCUGUAUUGCACAGUGCCUAACUGUGUUUUGCCACGUUGGCAUCGCUGGUUCAUGAUCACCUUUAUUGCUUCAACUUUAUGGAUUGCUAUUUUUUCCUACCUCAUGGUGUGGAUGGUCACCAUCAUCAGCUACACGCUAGAUAUUCCGGAUUACAUCAUGGGAAUCACUUUCCUGGCUGCUGGCACUAGUGUACCCGACUGCAUGGCAAGCCUUAUUGUUGCCCGUCAAGGUAUGGGGGACAUGGCAGUGUCUAACUCCAUUGGCAGCAAUAUUUUUGACAUCCUGCUGGGACUGGGUUUCCCCUGGGCUCUAAGAACUCUAGUAGUACACCAUGGAUCAACAGUAUUCAUCAAUAAUAAGGGCCUGGUUUAUUCUGUCAUCCUGCUGCUCGCAUCAGUCUUCCUCACAGUCCUGAGUGUGCAUCUGAAUGGCUGGAAGCUGGAUCGGAAACUAGGGUUUGGUCUCUUGCUCCUUUACUCCGUUUUUUUGCUCUGCUCCAUCCUCUUUGGUCAGCUCUAGAGGCUUCACAUGAGUUUAUAUCCUGCAAUUCUGACUUUUUUUUUUUUUUUUUUCAUUGUUUUUGGUUGAAUUUUAUAGUGCUUUUUACUGUAGAUCAGGUACUAAAUCUUGGCUGAUUUCAUGCCUGCAUCCAAUGUAGCAGCAAAAGGAGAUUUUGUGCUCUACAGAAUGGUUUUUGGAGAAUUUCAACUGAUAUGACAGUGUUCAGAUCCGAUCAGCUCUUUGUUCUGUCCAUUAAGCUCUGCUUUAAGCUGGAAGGUAUACUGUAUAAUAUGUUUCUAUCUACAGUCUGGCAUCUUACAAGAACACUGAAGUAUUACAAUAAGUCACUGUUUAGCUGCUUAUAAUUUCAGUACUUUGCUGUGUUAAACCCUUGUGAAAAAGAAGUACACUUCUAAAACCUAAGUGUCAUGACUGUUUCUUAACACACUUUUGACAAGUGUACUUUGUAAUAAAGAGUUUAAAAACUUUUCAUUUGACAUUAAGUGCACUUAAGUGGCCUUUUAAUUCAAUUAUAUCUGCAAGUACAGUUUUUUAAAAAUAUAAAUGUUGAGAUUUGAAGUACAUUACAAGUGCACAUUCAAUACAAUCAUGCACACUUCUUUUUCACAAGGGUAGUCCUGCUGCUGUGUUAAUUUGUACAACUUGGCUGUACGAUUGGCUGAGCUGCAUUCCAAGAGUACCAAUAGAGAGUAUAACAGCACUGGGACAUUUCACACAGUUUGUAUUAGUCUGCUUGUCUGUGUUCAGAGCUUUCCAGCUUAUUUAUACAGUCUCUCUCACUAUUGAGGUAAUGUAAAACUCAUAGUGGAGCUGGACCCGAGUGAUUACAAAACGCUGGAAAUGGCUGUUUUUCAGCCUUACUGAUGUACACUAUACCAGACCAGCUUUCAGUCUGUUUGUUACUUGGUGACAUCCAAAACUUGAUGCUUUGGCUUCUUCUGAAACUACAUUUGAGAUUGUAUGUUUACAUACACCUUGCAGAAUAUGAGAAAUGUCAAUUUAAAAAAAAAAAAAAAGGAUCAUAAAAAUGUCAUGUUGUUUUUUUAGUACUGCCCUGAAUAUCAGCCUUAAUGAAUGGUCCACAAGACCAAAAAUUAAAUAAAAAAUGAAUUGACAAAUGAAUCAGUUCAAAAGUUCACACCCUUGAAUCUUAAUACUGUGUGCAGUUACCUAUAAAAUCCAUGUUAUGUUUUUAAUUCAGCUAUUAUUUUGUCUUGUGGACUAUAUGUAAACAACUGUGGUGUAUUUAUUCAGAGAAGCUUAUUUAGGGAAACACUAAAUACAAAACGAAAUGCAAUUUUUAUGAUUAUUCUUAUGUAUUUAUUUUUUAAUUAUUCGAAUUUUGCAGGCUCUACAAGGUGUUUGCAAACGUAUGACCACAACUGCAUUUCUAUAUAGUUCUAAAUAAGACUCUUUAUGAAUUCAUUGUUUAUAGAACAGUUGUAUAAAGCAUCACUUGCAGUCGUGCUGUACUCAGUAUCAGCAUUCAGACGUAGAUAAUCACAGAGUUCUCAAUUCAAAACAACAUACUGUACCACAUGACAGCAUUAAACAAGUUGUUUUUAGGAAUAUAUGUAAUGAUCAAGCAUGCAUGCAUCUAAGCUAAAUAUAGUGUUGGGUUUGUAACUUCUGAAAUAAUUUGGCACUGAUUAAAAAUUUUUAAUCAGUAACUGUCUUUUAGAUUACACGUUUUAAGUAUUAUAAUUUAAUUAUUUUUGUAGCACUUGAGCUAUAUCUUAUUUAUUUUAAUAUAAAAAUAAUGUUGUAUUGUUCUGACAAAAAAUACAAAAAAAAGACCAAAUAUGAACAUAUUCCUUAAACAUAUUCCUUAAACUACUGCACACCUUUAUUAUCAACACAAACAGCCUUAAUUGUUUCUUCAAUUAUUGCAUGUUUUUUUUUUUUUUUUUUUUUUAAUAGCUAAUUUGUGAAUUAAAGAAAUAUUUCACCCAGAAAUGAAAAUUUUGUCAUGAUUUACUCACUCUCAAGUUGCUCCAAACUAAAAAUAUUUUGAGUAAUGCAUCAUUUUUUUUGUUUUCCAUUCAAGUGUACCAUUUCUAAAAAUAUCUUCUUUUGUGAUAGAAUUUUAAUUUUUGGGUGAACUAUAUUAAGUACCAUUUAACACCACUUUCAUCACACAAUAGUAAACCAGUUAACUAUUAAAGUUUAAUAGUUAUUACUUUUGCUGUGGAUAUAAGCAUCUUUUGGAAAUCAA